CCUCCGACCGUCGUGCGCCUCUCCACUGGCCAGCGUUGCUAUGGCAGCGCUGCAGGCAGGGAUGCUGAAGCUGAGGCUCGCAGUAGCCCCUUUGUGAAGCGGGGGUGGGGAGGGGUGGGAGAGAUGCUCACCCCACAUCUCGCUGCCCCGAGCCCCGGACCGCAAGCUGGGUGUUUGUCGGGGGCGCCCCCACCCCCAUCCCAGAGACCGGGUGCGGCACCUCUCUCUGCCCGCCAGCCGCUCCUGCAUUAAAAUUUCAUGGGCGCUGCAGUAAAUGCGAAGACGACGCCGGCUGCGCUGGGGGGCCGUAGGGAGGGAGGCUGCGGACCAGUGCGGGGAGGAGUUUACGAGGGGAGGCGCUUGCAGGGGCUCCCCCAGUUCUGUUGAGAGCCGGGCACAAAGAGCCCUCUGCACUCCAGCCGCAGGAGCGAGGAGCCGAGACCUGGGGCGUCCAGUGCAGCUUCAAACCGAAUGCAUCUCCGCACCCUUAUUGCGACAUCGCUCUCGACGGUGAUUACACGGGGAGCCACUGCUUUGGCACUACAGCCCCGCCAGGUGACCGCCAGCCGCCUGGGAUUGCUGGCGCGCACACCCCACUGCGGAGCGGAGUCGCGCCAGGAAAACGCCCCCACCUGCUGGAGGGAGGGGCGCGGGGAGCGAGCGCAGAGCGAGAACUUGCUGGAAGCAGGGGCCCACACGCCCGGGGCUCCCCGCAAGUGAACCGGUGUCCCGCCACGUGGCCCCACGCUGCGUCAGUACAUCUGGGGCGGGGCUGCGCAUCUGGAGGUGCUCAGAAUGUCUCCUGCUCCCGGAGGGGGAUCCCCUGGGACCUCCCCAAUCGAGCGGCAAACAGGUUCCUGGGCCCGCCCCAUCUUCUCCCUGCUUUGGGAAGACACUGAACUCACCCCCACCCCGAGUUUGGUUUGUUUCCCAGGGAAAGAAUUCUGCUAGCAACUUUAUCUCCUGCCCGCCCCACAUCGAGUCCUUUUAUGUCCAUUGCGGUUGAGAAUGGCUCUGAAGUCCGCCCUAUGCUGACCUUGCAGAAAAUUUAGCCUUUCCCCCAACCCCAUAGGGGCGCGCUCGCGCUCGGAGGGGGAGGGGGCGCAUCUGACAUCUUCAGAGCCCCAAAGAAGUACCCGGAAGCCUUCCCAGCAGGGUGAAGGCAACCUCUUUUACCUUGCAUUAAAAAAAAAAAAGAGUGUUAGCCAGGCAUGGUCCUUGCAGUCUCAGAGCUUGGUGGCCUGAGGCAGGAGGAUGCCAAGUUGGAGAACAGCCUAGGCUACAAAACCAGUUUGAGCCAGUCAGGGGUAGUAAGGUCCUGUGU